AUGAGUACUAAAGAACACGAUAUCUAUCAACUCAAGAAAAAGCUGGAGGAUAUCAAUUUGUCUUCCUCGUCACCGGCGGAAUUACCUUCUGGAAUUGGAAACUCGUUAUUAAAGUUUCGUUUACAUCAACAGGAGAUCGACUCCAAUCCUCCUAGCAAUUAUAACAGUGACACGGAUGAACCUACACCACGUAAACGGCAUGAGCAUGAAAAAAUCAAACAGGAGGUAUUAUUGGACCAAGAUUAUACAGUAUCAACAAAGGAACGUCGAGUGAAUCGGGAUGACUUUCAAACAAUUUGUGUCUUGGGGAGAGGAGCAUUUGGAAAGGUGUACUUGGUUAAACAUAAAAAGAGUAGCGAAUUAUACGCCAUGAAAGUGUUAAAGAAGGCUUCUUUGGUUGUUCAUGGUAGACAAGCGAUACAAGCCAAAACAGAGCGACAAAUUUUGGAAGAAGUUCGACAUCCUUUCAUUGUCAAAUUAUGUUAUGCAUUCCAAACACCGAUAGAGCUACAUAUGAUUUUGGAUUAUGCAGUUGGGGGUGAACUCUUCCGUCAUUUAGAUCAUGAGGGGAUGUUUGAAGAGCCUAUGGCUAUUUUUUAUGCUGCAGAGUUAGUAUCCGCGUUAGAUCAUUUACAUUCUUUGGGUAUUGUGUAUCGAGAUUUGAAGCCAGAAAACUGUCUGUUGGACUUGGAAGGCCAUGUUGUUUUGACAGAUUUUGGUUUAUCAAAAGUUGCCAUUGACGGCAAAACAAACACAAUCUGUGGCACAGCUGAAUACAUGGCGCCUGAGAUUUUGAUGGGAUUGGAAUAUGAUAUUACUGUCGACUGGUGGAGUCUCGGCAUCUUACUAUAUGAUAUGCUAACAGGAUCUCCUCCCUUCAAUUCAAAUAAUCGCCAAAAAACAAUUGAUUCCAUUUUAUCAAAAAAGAUACCUAUGCCAUACUAUUUAACACCAGACGCCAAAGACAUUUUAUCCAAACUGUUACGUAAAAAUCCCAAUGCACGACUUGGGGCAAAACCAAAACGAGUAGAUGCCAUUCGUCGGCAUAGGUUCUUUCGAUCAAUCGAUUGGGAUGCUUUAGAGCGUCGUGAAUUAACACCACCCAUUAUUCCAAUUGUAACCGAUCCUGAGGCAGCAGAGGUAUGGGCAUGCAAUUUGAUAAAUAGAAAGGUAUGUGUUAGUUGGCUAAUGCUUCUAUCUAUUCCCUGUAGAACUUCGACCCCAUAUUCACUUCUGAGUUGGUAG